AUGCCCGUAGCCACUGCCAUGUCCAUAGCCACUGCCAUGAGUACUAUGCCCAUACCCCUUGCCAUGGUCGCUGUGCCCAUACCCCUUGCCAUGGUCGCUGUGGCCAUACCCCUUGCCAUGAUCACUAUGCCCAUACCCCUUGCCAUGGUCGCUGUGGCCAUACCCCUUGCCAUGGUCGCUGUGGUCAUACCCCUUGCCAUGGUCGCUAUGGCCAUACCCCUUGCCAUGGUCGCUAUGGCCAUACCCCUUGCCAUGGUCGCUGUGCCCAUAUCCCUUGCCAUGGUCGCUGUGCCCAUAUCCCUUGCCAUGGUCGCUGUGCCCAUAACCCUUGCCAUGAUCACUGUGGCCAUACCCCUUGCCAUGGUCGCUGUGGCCAUACCCCUUGCCAUGGUCGCUGUGCCCAUACCCCUUGCCAUGGUCGCUGUGGCCAUACCCCUUGCCAUGGUCGCUGUGCCCAUACCCCUUGCCAUGGUCGCUGUGGCCAUACCCCUUGCCAUGGUCGCUGUGCCCAUACCCCUUGCCAUGAUCACUGUGGCCAUACCCCUUGCCAUGAUCACUGUGGCCAUACCCCUUGCCAUGGUCACUAUGCCCAUACCCCUUACCAUGAUCACUGUGGCCAUACCCCUUGCCAUGGGCGCUGUGGCCAUACCCCUUGCCAUGGUCGCUGUGCCCAUACCCCUUGCCAUGGCCGCUGUACCCAUACCCCUUGCCAUAGUCGCUGUGCCCAUACCCCUUACCAUGGUCGCUGUGUCCAUACCCCUUGUCAUGGUCACUGUGCCCAUACCCCUUACCAUGAUCACUGUGCCCAUAUCCCUUGCCAUGAUCACUGUGCCCAUAUCCCUUGCCAUGGUCGCUGUGCCCAUACCCCUUGCCAUGGUCGCUGUGCCCAUACCCCUUACCAUGAUUACUGUGCCCAUACCCCUUACCAUGAUCACUGUGCCCAUAUCCCUUGCCGUGGUCGCUGUGCCCAUACCCCUUGCCAUGGUCGCUGUGCCCAUACCCCUUACCAUGAUUACUGUGCCCAUACCCCUUACCAUGAUCACUGUGCCCAUAUCCCUUGCCAUGAUCACUGUGCCCAUACCCCUUACCAUACCCACUAUAACCAUACCCACUCUCCUGGUGGCUUCCCUUGUGCUUUCCAUGAUCUCUCAGCUUAUAGCGGUCGUCGUGCUCGCCGUCUCGGUCGUGGUAGUUGUAGGAGUCGAAGUCAUCGUAGAACUCCUUGUUUUCGUAGUGCUCGUCCUCGUGAAUAUAGCCCGAGUGUAA